CGGCGGCGGGCGGGACGGGGCGUGCUGUGCUCUGCUGUCGGCGGGCGGGCAGGCAGGCAGGCAGGGACGGAGGAAAGCGGGGGAGGCGCUGGCUCGCCUGCCUGCUCCUCGGUCCGCCGGUUCCGCGGCGCUGCCCGGGCAGCAGAGCCACCGCCGAAGCAAAUGGGGAGGCGGCGCUGAGCGGGCUGCCCUCCGCGGGAGUCGGUAGCCGAGGGCAGCGGCGCGGCGGGCGAGCAAUGCCCCUCACUUCUCUGUUUGCGCUGCCCUUCCUCCUUCUCCUCCCGCUCCCGGCUCUGAAGCUUUUGUUUUCCCCGGCCGCUGUGAUGGCAGGAAACUUCCCGGAGGGAUGGGCUCAGGCCGGGCUUGUGCUGCGCCCGGCUCCGCAGGGCUCCGGCCACACCGUGAGGUUAUUUGGGAAGAGAAUAAUUAGCUGAACAAAACAGCACAAGAUGACUUAUGAUUCCUGUUCUUCGUGGAAGCCUGUCUGGAUUGAAAAUCUUUUUUCCGAAGUUUGCCUAUAAAAUUAAACCAUUGAUGGUAGCUAUAAAGCAUGCAGAAGCUUCUGGGACCACUUAAAAUAUCUGAAAGAAAUAGGAUCACUCUACUAGGCAGUGCUGUCUUCAGGUUUCUGAAUAAGAAUGAUUUUUGUGUGCUGAAUGAAAUCUUGGUGCUGAUGUGGGCUCCUCAGUUUGGGAGAGACAUGGAUAUAUUGAAGAGAGUAGAGUAAAGGGUUACAAAGAUGAUGAAGAGUCUGAAGCAUCCCUUCUGUGAGGAAAGACUGAGAGAGUUCCUGCAGAAUGCUACAGCUUCCUUUUCUUCAUGGUGUUCUCAGUUUGUGGAGUCAUAAACCUCGGUGGAACUUUGGAUGGAAAUACUGACAUGAACUUAAGAACUUUGAUGCUUUCAAGCCUUGAAUUUUGAUUGUUAAAUGACCAGUUCAAAAUACUGCCUGAACAAGAUGAAAUGCCUUGAAGACCUUUGGUUCUGCUUUCAUUUUUCUUGAAGCAAUGGUUUUCUCAGCAAUGUUGACGCUGGCCCACUCUGGGACCUCAAAUGCUACUUUCAUUGUUUAUGAAAAUGCCUAUACGAAUUUUACCACUCCCCAGUUCUUACUUCAUAGUGGCACAACACAGCCAUUGAGCUAUAGUUCAGGUGCUGUGCUCACCACUGAGAGAAGUACUUUCCUAGUAAACACCACAGCUAUCCUGCCGUCACAAGAAGUUUUCAAGAGCUUGAGUUUGCCACUCCAGAUCAUUCUUUCUGCUGCUAUGAUAUUUAUCUUAUUGGUUUCUUUCCUUGGAAACUUCGUUGUCUGCCUGAUGGUCUACCAGAAGGCAGCUAUGAGAUCUGCAAUUAAUAUCCUCUUAGCAAGCCUGGCUUUUGCAGACCUGCUGCUGGCAGUGCUGAACAUGCCAUUUGCUCUGAUAACAAUCAUUACCACUCAGUGGAUUUUUGGGGAUAUAUUUUGCAGAGUUUCUGCCAUGUUCUUCUGGCUUUUUGUUGUAGAGGGGGUAGCCAUUCUUCUUAUCAUUAGUAUUGACCGAUUUCUUAUCAUAGUUCAGAGGCAAGAUAAACUGAACCCCUACCGUGCAAAGAUUCUUAUUGUGAUUUCCUGGGCAGCAUCCUUUGUUGUUGCUUUUCCAUUAUCAGUAGGGAAUCCUAAUCUGCAGAUACCCUCGAGAGCACCUCAGUGUGUUUUUGGCUACUCUACAAGCCCAGGUUACCGAGCCUACGUGAUAGUUAUCUUGCUAAUUGCUUUUUUUAUUCCAUUCCUGGUCAUGCUGUAUUCUUUUAUGGGCAUCCUCAACACUGUCCGCCACAACGCAGUUCGUAUCCAUAGCCACCCUGAUAGCAUAUGUCUCAGCCAGGCCAGCAAACUUGGUCUCAUGAGCCUACAGAGACCUUUUCAGAUGAAUAUUGAUAUGAGCUUUAAAACUCGUGCCUUCACAACCAUCCUGAUUUUGUUCCUUGUCUUCAUAGUCUGUUGGGCACCAUUCACCACUUACAGCCUUAUUGCCACGUUCAACAGCCACUUCUACUACAAGCACAACUUUUUUGAGAUAAGCACUUGGCUCCUUUGGCUCUGCUACCUCAAGUCUGCACUGAAUCCACUGAUUUACUACUGGAGGAUUAAGAAGUUUCAUGAUGCAUGCUUAGACUUGAUGCCCAGAUUCUUCAAGUUCUUGCCACAGCUCCCAGGCCAUACGAGGCGGCGCAUCCGGCCCAGUGCCAUCUACGUGUGUGGGGAGCAUCGGUCGGUCGUUUGAAACUGCAGUUGUUUGACUAUGAUUGUUAUUUGCUGGGGUAAUUUCUUUUUAGGCUUUAGGUUGAAUUUUGUUUUGUUUCAUAUGGCUUUUUCAGUGUGGCCAUAUCUUAUAACUUGAUUAAAUUUUCAGUAAUUUUGUGCAAUUGUGCGAAGAUAGAGGGAGGGAAUGUGAUUGCCUAUAGUUGGGUUUACUACCAGAAUACAAUGUAAGCAGAAUAACAAAUGUUACCUCUAGGAUUCCAUGGAAAUCCAUUCCUUUAAUGAAAACUAUAUUUGGAACAUCUUGUCAGGUUUAUGCUUACUAGGCCUGCAAUUUUAUCUAAUUGUAGGAACUUUUUUUAUGCUGCUAAGAUACGGUGUAUUUAGUUGGUGUAAUUUUUUUGAGAACUAUUGCUGCUGUCUGCCAGUAUAUUAGAGCCAAAAAGUCUCAUUAGAUUAUUUCUCUCUAAUUUAACGAUAUUUCAGAAGUUUUCAUGGUAACAUUAAAAACCUGGUUUUUUAAUAUUUCCAUUAAUAUUUUUGUGCACUUUAUAAAAUUUACUAUAUAGUUUGUUCAUUUGAAUAUUUUGUUCUGUAUUGAAGGUGUAUUAUUAUUGCUUAUUAUUAUUUGUUGGUGAAUUUCAAUGAAAGACCCAUGUAAGCUCUAGGAGGGUAAUUUAUGUUGGUAUAACUACAUGUACAGUCAUAGAUUUUCUGGUUUUCUAGCAACUGAUCAAAAUUACCUGCUCAGUUAUCCGGAGAGUUAGAAGGAGAAAACAGAGGAAUGAAAGAGAAAGCAAGAAAAAUACCAUGACCUGAGAUUUAGGCUAACACAUGGUUUAGAAGAAUAGUGUCUAUGUUAAAGUUGUUACAGGGUAAAGGGUGACUGUAGUUGUUACUUGAGGCUAUUACAAGUUAUUCAAACAUCAUGAUAAGCCUGAAAACCUAUCUGAAAUAGUGAUUUUUGGGCCUGCAGUUUAUACUGUGUUGGUGUAAUGUUGUUUCUGCUUGGAGCUCAUAUAAGGCUACGUGUGCUGUACACUGCUGAAAUCAUGCUGUCAGGCAUUUGUUGGGAUAGGAUUAGAAAUAGUAGGGUAAACCAGCACACAAAUAGCAAAUAAACCAUAGUUGAGAUUAGGAUUUAGUCUGCAUAGUAAUUGCAGGGAGCUAAAGAAUUCUUGAUGUGUUUUGCAGUUUAAGUAUUGGAUCAAAACCAUAAACAGUCACAGAAUCAUAAAAUGGCUUGGUUUGCAAGGAACCAUAAAUAUCAUCCUGCUCCAAUCCCCCUGCCAUGGGAAGGGACACCUUCCACUAGACCAGGCUAUUCAGAGGCCCAUUCAAUUUGGCCUUGAACUCUUCCAGGGAUGGAACCAUCCACACUUCUUUGGGAAACCUGUUCCAUUGCUUCACCACCCUCACAUGGAAAAAUUUCUUCCUCUAUCUUUUCUAAAUUUACUCUCCUUCACCCAUUACCCCUUAUAACAGUCAGACAGCAGAGUUUGCUGGGGUUGUAAGUUAAAUUCCCCUUUUCCCUCUGAUACUACUUCACAUUGAUUUUUUCAUUACCUCUUUGUCUCUGUAGUGGCUGCUGCCUCAAGGGUUUACUUACUGUUCUCAUCUAUUAGGCAUCAGCUUCUGUCCCUAAAAUGCCAAACCACCUCUCUGAUUAAUCUCAGGCUGUGUUGGUAUCCUCCUGGAAUGCAAAGAAACAAGGAUUUCCUUGAUACAGCAAACCAAACUCAGAUACUUUUUUUUUUUUUCAAUCAGCUAAAUAAAUAUUUAUUGUGAGACAAGUAGAAUUAAGACUUAGGUUUGGGUUUUGGAGCCAGAUCCCCAGUUGCUCUGGGGCUGGGAAGAAUACCUGCAGAAUCAGCUUUUUGAGGCUGUGACUAUGAGCAGAGGGAUUGAUGUGCAACAAUGAACAACCAGAGCUAGGGUUUGAGCUUCUCUUGCUUCCAUCUGUCUUUCAAUGCCCCAAAGCAUAGGGACCUCUCCGUUGUUGUUGUACCGGAGGAGCCAAAAUAAUAGCAAUUUUAUCUGCUUCUGUGUAUCCCACAGUACACAUGUGUAUGAAGGAAAUGCCCUAUGUGGGUGUCCAGGGACUGUUUGCUUUCUGAUGGCAACAAAGUGUUCAAACUCCAGAUUUUUUUUAAAGGUCUUGAAUAAAGAACUAAUUUAAGCUAAGUUAGCUCUGUUCUUCUCAUUCACAGCUAUUGGUAAAACUGUUGUUAUUUAAAUUUUAGGAGCAUACAAGGAACAAUUUUGAAUUCAGUAAUUUCAUUUAAAAAAAAAGCUGCCAGCUGAGACUGUGGAUUAUGUGUAAAGGCACCUGGCAGUGGUGAUGUUAUUGAUCGCCAUGCUUUCCCUUUCUUGGCAGUUUUACUGAUGAUGGUAUAGAUUUCUCUGAUCUAAAGGAGUUCCAUUAUAAAGCAGAGUGCUUUAGUGUGUCUUGGCAGUAAAGCUUUUAUUUUUCAAUUACAUUUACAUUGAUAGCACAAGUUCAUGACCUGGUUAGUAUAAAUUUUCGGUUUCAAAGCUGUCAUACCUGUUUAUCUCUGAAAGCAGCAAAACUGUGGUUAGAGUUAUUGUGACAGAGUGAGAAUGUACAUUGUCUAAAUGGUAGGAACAGGUAUUUUUGCUGUCUUCCAGCUCUACGAUGCAAGAGAUUUGAAUGUUGUAAAACACAGUAAUUCAAGAAAGAAAGAAGAUGAGCAAUACAGGACAAUUAAUGAAAUUACAUUCCUGAAGGAGGAGGGGAAAGCAUUUGUGGGAUUUUUGUGGUCUCUGAUAUGUACUGAAUGUCAAGUAUAAAUUGCAAACAUCAGACAGUUAAUUUGUCUUGAUAAUUAAGCACUUGUUUACACUGACUGUAACAAGGUUUCUGGUCAAAGCUGCAUCUACUGAUCCUUGGAGAAAAGAAACCUAAUUGUGUGUCCCAAAUUCAGAGGUGAUUUCCAUAGUGAUACAGUAUUCACACUUGCCAGGUUUUUUGAGGUGAUCAAAGCAUAUAGCGAACAAAAGGGUGUUCAAAAAAAGAAACAAGGUGUGGUGUAGAAGUAUCCCCAGGGUAAUUAUGUGUUUACAGAAUCAUUUGAGCUAUUGUGUCUAUGUACUGUCUUGAGAGCAGUGCCUUGAUAAUUACAGCUGAAGUCCUAGGACCAAGUUGAAGACCUCUGAACUGCUCAGUCUUGCUGUCUGUGAUCCUGCCAAGAAUCCUGCAUAACCUCGCUGAGAUUUGUAAUGUUAAAACACAUACAUAUUGGCAGAAAUGGGUCUCCUGAGGCAAUUUAAUGGUCUUGACCAAGACCAAGGAAUUUAAAAACUCAGACUGAUCCUUCUUGACUUUAAAGAGAAAUUUUCAUUUUCUUCCUCUCCAGAGAUGAUAGUCAUUACUAAUCUGUAUUUCCUCAUGUUCUAUUUUCAGACAUCUUUAGUAUGGAGGAUUUAAAUGAAUGUAUUUUGAAGUAUGUUGCAGUUUAAUUCAUUCAGUCAAAGCAUGCUGCUUACACAGGUCUCAAUUGUACAAAUCUAUUGCUGAAAUGAUUCUUUUGUACUCAAAAUUGUGUAUUUUUGACAUUUCUUGUUACUUAUGUAAAAAUAUUUCUGUAUAUAGAGAAGAAAACUGUUUUGCCUCUUAUUGAUUUCUGUCACUAAUUUUUUUUUACUUGUAUGCUUAAUGCUUUUAUAUUUUAUUUUGGGCAUAUGCAUAAAUAACUGUGAGAUUUCAGUGAUCUUUCUGAAUAUGUUUGAGAUUUUUAAUUCUUAAAUCAUUCAACAAAGCCCUCCUUGAAAGAGAUUUUAAUUUAUUUUAGAGGGAAAACUAAAAAUGCAGGGCACAAGUUUGUUGUGGUUGGAAUGGUGAGAAAUAUCCUAAGUCCGGUUUUCCAGGAGCCACUACUUUGCCAUUAUUUGAACUGGUUAAAUUUUUUUUUUGGCUAGUCAUUUUUUGAUGUGGAGAAAUCUUGAAUUAUUGUUUUAAAGAAAGUUGUUAAGUAGAAUUGCAUUGUCUUUUCUGUAUAUAAUACACCCAUGAAAAUACCUGAGAAACAACAACAACAAAAAAAGGAGAAAAUAAACAUAAACAUUCUCAAAAAUAUAGCAAAAGUCUUUAGAAUUGACUCUCUUGCUAGUACAUGAACUUGUUCCUUGUAUUUAAUGCCCGCCUGCAUAGUUUCAAACACUUCUUUUAUCUGUCUAUGAAAUAACCAGGAUUGCCUGAUAUAGGAGAUUUUGUUUAAGCCAAAAUGUUUCUAGUAUAAAGCAUUUGCAGAAUGCUCUUUGCUGAGGCACUGCAGUAAAGACAUGUCAAAAUAUGUAGAGCAAUUGGAAUAGUAUCCAGCAAGCAGAGAGAGAGCCUAAUAAGAAAGUAACUUUCCUAAAAUACUACCUGAAUUGGGUGUCCCACCUUUUAGCUUGCACUAAGUAAUUAUGAUCAUGUUGCUGUGUAAUAAAUAAAGCAGGCAGUAGUACUGCAGGGCAUGAUUCAUAUCAACACAAGACAGUGACCUUUAUGACUCAAGUGCUGCAUGUCUGUAUGUGAUGGAUUAUUCCACAUAUUAAUAGAGUGAAAAAAGCAUCUCAGCUCUUUUGGGGAAAACUUUCAGCUUGACGAUGACUUAGCAGAAAUGCUGCUGGAGUAAUUUCUCUAAGUGAUAAAGACAUGUCCCCAAAGAGUGCCUGAGUGGGGAGAGAUAUUUCUGGUUGCUUGAAAAUGGCUGUGCUCAGCUGCUGACGUGCCUCAUUCUGAGACUCCAUAUCUCUGCAACAGCCCUUUUUCCUCCCUCAUUCUCUCCUGCUGCCUCCAUCCCCCCAAGGCAGCUACUUCUGCACCACUGUGUUGCAGGAGGUAGGUACAGUGGUGACGGAGGAGGUGGAGGUCCCUGGGCAGGCUGUGGAGGCAGCAAACCUCUCACCCUGUGCCACUCUUUCCUGUCUUUGAGUUCAGGUUGGACCAUCAAUGACAGGCUGAGGAUGAGUUUUAUCACCUCUGGUUUUAACAUUGUGCCAGGAUAGGAGAGGUGUUACAGGAGCACAUAUGUUUGCCUCUAGUGCUAGUGCAGGAUCCUUGUUUUAUCCCCAGUAGUGCUAGAAAUUUUAUUCUACCUCAUCUUUCAGCAACUGAGCUUCAUCUAUCUUCAGCCAGUUCACGACUGAAUAAGAAUCCCUGAGCUGACCAGUGUCUCUAUGAGUGUUCUGGGCACAGGAUCUGCCAGUGAGCUUCCAGCGUAACAAAACUUCCUGCAGCUUCCUCUCAAAACAAAAUGGCAUACAUGGAGACAACUCUGCUCAGAUGAGGCCAGACUACAUGACUGUAAUAACUUUUUCUGGCUGUAUUCUAUAUGAGAUCCUGAUUCCACUUACAUGAAACUUAAUUUUAUUAGAGCCAUUGUCAAGGUAAGUCUGAUUAUUGAUAGAAACAAUCUCAAACAUAAUGUAAAGAGGACAAAGAAAUUGCACUUUCAAGAGGCUAAUUCAUCCACCAUCCAACACUGGUGGCACUUGAUUCUGGAAAGUUUACUUUUCUAAUCAACUUUCUCAGAGGAAUUCAUUAACUGAAAACCUGUGACUAAUGAAAGAUGUUUUGUUCUUUUGAAGUCCAAGCUAAUUUCCAUGAAGGUUACUAUUACUAAGCAACAGAUUCUGCAGAAUGUCUCCUGGGGGGCUGAAACUGUUAUAUGUACAAAGAGUAAAACAAAACAGUGCAGAAAAUGAUGAAAUACUAUCCCCAGACACAGAGGCCACAAAUAGUCCAUGGCCAGGGCCUGUUUUGGAGUCUCCUUCCUUGAAAGCUGUUUUUUGACUAAUGGGAAAGCUCCUGCAAGAGCAAAAAAGCAGCAUGAACCAUUAUCACCAUCUGUGGUGAACGUAAUGCAAGGUUCAGCCUGUACUCAAAUGUAGAGGUAAACCAGGGGAAAAAAGAACUAGUCCCAAAUAUAUUUCAUCAUCCAUAAUUCUUUGGAGAAAAGCAAUCACCUGUAAUAUACUUCAGUGAUAUUAAAAGAGGAAUGGUUAUUCCAGCUGUGAGAGCAGAGGGAAAUUAAAUGCAGGAGUGCUUUCUUGAGUCACAAAAGAUGGUGUCAUCUUCUGUGCAGCUUUGUGUCAAAGUAGAAAUAUGUAUUUGAUGCUUGCUAAAGUAAAAAAAAAAAGCACACCUGCAUAGUCAGCUUUUUGAGGAUAGAGGUUUCAUUCUGCCCUCUUAAUUUGCCUUUAUCCACCGGCUUAGCUAAAUACAAAGUACAAAUGAUAAAAAAAACCUCCAAACCCCUUGAUUACUUCCAAUAACCUUUCAAAUGUUUGAGUGAGCUCCUUUGGUCUUGGUCUUUUCUUUCUCAUGUUCAGUUUGGGUGAUUCUGUAAGUGGUGUAGUUUUCUGGUGUAGAAUUUGCAUAAGGUGAAUUUCAAUAUUUGUUAAGUAGAAUUAAUGUAAAUUAAUUAAUUUACAAUAUCAUGCGUAAUUUACAAUAUACAUGUACCACUAAUCAUGGUACAUGUAGGAUAUGUACAAUCUGGAAAUAAGUAAAAUAUUCUAAAUAUUUGAGUUAAAACUGUCUCUCCAAAGAUAAGAACAGAAUAUACAAAGCAGUUGAGAAAUAAAAGUGUUUUCUAACUGCUCUGACCAUUACAUUCACAGUUUCUUUUCAAAAUAUAUCUUCUGACACCAUGAAAUAAAGAUUUAUUAUAAUCCAAAGUUUUAUGAAGUGGCUAGUGAGGCACAAAAUAACUAAUUUUUAGAGAAAUGAAGUAAACAACCUCUAGCUAGAUGCUUCCUUGUCCCCGGAGGUACUGAGGCUCAGCAGGUGUCUACAUUUCCAAGCUAUGUGAAGUAGGUUCUUCGGACAUUUCUAGGAGUACCUGUGUCCUCAUCUGGCUGUGAUGGAGCUGCUUAAGUCACACCAAAGCCCUGCCAGUGCCCAGGCAUUUAAUGUAAUUCCUGCCUGCAAAGGUGGUACAGUUAUCUCAUGCCCACUCUUUUCCUCAAGAACCCAGGACUUUAUUAAAACACACAUAUUCAUUACACAAGGACUUAAAUACAGGUCUCCUUCCACAGAAAGCCCCUGCAGCCAUCAUACCUGGUAGCAACAACAGGUUUUGGGCUUAAUGACUAUCUCUGCACAGUUUAGUAUUGUCCCAGGAAUACUCUGCAGAUUAUGUUUGGCUGUUCUGGGAGAUACCUUAUCACAUGAGAAUGAUCUCACUGCUCAAACAGGUAAAUAAAUUGAAAAUAGAAUUGGACUGACCUGAAGCUGUAGAUAAGGGUUAUGCUCAACUUCAGGUCUAUUCUCAUUUCAGACCUGAAAUGGCUCACACCUUUUCCAGAACAUUCUAUAUCUUGUUUUGCAUGAUGGACUUUUUCCAGAUGUCUGAUUCUGAAUGUUAAACCUUACUCAGUUUAAAGGGAUUGAGAUUUUAGAAAGGGCAAUCUGUUUCCCCGUGACUUCUCUGUGAGAGUAGAUGAAGUAAAAAUAAUCAGGGACAAAAUGCUUGGGAAUCUGAACCCAUUAUAUCUCUCCCACCCUGAUCUAUGUAGAAAUUUUGCAGUUCAGUUUAAAGAUCACCACUGUCUCUGCUUCUGUUAUGUAUAUCGAGUGACUGGAUGGCUUUUAAAAUGAAUGUGCAGUUAGACAUAGGUUCUCUUUAAUUGCAUCUCUGUUUUGUGUUGUUGGCUGUAAAUCAUUUAAGCAAGGGUAUAGAAUAAAUAAGUUGUGGGAAGUCUCAUUAACUGAUUACAAUAAGUAUACCUUUCAGUCUUACAGCAGUAAAGAUUUUGUGGUGUUCCCACAGGUCAAUUGCAUAUCUGGAAUGAUGCUUAUAUUUUAUAAAAAUGUUGAGAAAAUUAAUGGUUUUCAAAAUUUUGAUACUAGCACUACUUUAAAAUUGAUGUUAGAGUGACAUAGAGCAGUUAUUGUUUUUACUGGCUUCGGUACAUUUUGUUAUAUCCAAAACUAUAAGGAACAAAGAGAAAUAUGUAGUUAAUGUAGGGGGAAGUGCAUAAGUAUACAUAAUCUGUAAACUGGGAAACAAGAAUUCCUUAGUUUUGCUGCUGGAGGAGUAAUUAUUCUCAAGAAUAAUUUGGCAUGGAAAAUUUUGGGUUAUGUUUCUGCAGUAGGUCCUAGUUUUCUGAAUUUGGCAGAUGCCAGUAUAAAAGGUAUGGCACUCUCCAGAACUAAAUAAUUUUUUGGAUGAGUGUACAUAGAGCAUGGUACUAAUAACACCAAGAUUGUGAGCUCAAUCCUCAUAUCAGCCAUUCAUUUAAGAGUCGGACUUGGUGAUCCUUGUGGAUGCCUUUCAAAUCACAAUUGUCUGUGGUCUAGAUUGAGUGUGUAUGUGUACUUGCAUAUCGUUGUCGUCAGUGUCAUCACUGUCAUUUGUGUUUACAGACUUACCUACACUAAGCUCCAUAAAAUGAAUCCUAUAAUUUAGAAUUGGUCUUCAAAGAUAGAUACAGCCACAGUGGGAAAGGGAGAGCUCUACUGCUACACAUUUCUUACUGCAUUUUGAAUAUGUAAAAAUAAUGAUAUUGCUAUAGUCUUUUGUAUUGGCCUCCUUCCCAGCUGGAGAGGAAAAUGAUAAAGCCAUCAUUCAUGGUGAUGGAAAAAUGCAUGUCUUGCCCUAGGAAGGUGAUGUCAUUUUCAAAUGACCUGAUUUGCAAAACUCAAGGUAUUUUAGGAUGGAAGGUAAAGAGCCUGAAUCAUCACAUCCUAUCAAUUGCUAUUACAUAAUAUCAUGAUAUCAUGAUAUAUCAUCAAAUCAUGAUCACUGUGCUUGGACCCCCUAGAACCAAUCUGCUGAUUGAGACCUGCCCUAGACAGAGGGACUAAAAGCAAAUAUGCUGAAAAUAUAAACCUGACUGAAUAUUUCUGACAUGGAAGUAUGACUCUUGUAAAGCAAAAAAACCUGGUAUUUGUAAUAUAUUGAUUACCUAUAUAUCACUUUUCUUCUCCAGACUUAGCAUAAAAAUGUCUUAGUGAACAAGUCUCUUAACAUCAAAUUUUGACUUUUUUUUUUUUUUUUUUUUUUCCAAUGAACUUAUCUAGCAGUGCUAUUUUAAUUUAACUCAUUUCCAGUCAGGAAUAUUUAAUCAUAGGCAUUGUGCCUCAAACAAUAAGAUACCCUGCUGAACUCAGAGUGCAGUAGAAAACUUUGGUUUAAAAGUGUGGGAAAUAGUAAAAUAUGCAUAGUAAAAUCUGUGCUUUUAUUGCUUUUUUGAACAUUUCAUUCAAUACUAAGAAUGCAACCACUCCUGACAAAUGCAGAGUAAGUGCAAUUAUGGCUUAGGUAGUAAUGUGCUUGAACUUCUGGAAAAAUAAAAUUUUUCUAAAUAUGCCUGUCAGAACAUGCUUUUGCCCAGAGUUUCCCGCUGUUCCCUGAUAUUCCCCUGCAUUUGAGGAAUUAGUUUAAACAUGUUUGUGGAUAGAUAGAAGGUAGGAGACUAGAGAUAGUGGUGAAAGUAAUCUCACCCCUAAAGAUUUACAGCUGUGCCAAUUAUCAAGCAUUAAGAACAAGCCUGCCCUUAAUAGGCCACAGCUGGAUCCAAUUAAGAGGGGUAUUAUAAAAGAGCAGGUUGGCUGGUCGAAAUGUCAGAUGGAGUUUGUUGGCUGUGCAGAGGAGAAAAAGUCAGUGCUGUGAGGAGCUGCCCAUGAGAAACCACUGAGAAGGAAAAAAACUAUGAGAAGAGAGGAAUGGAGAACAGCUGUUUUUGUCUCUGCUUCAGUCCUCAGACCUACCAAGGAUUAGCAUGAGUAAAUUCUGCUCAGCAAUGAGAAAACAAGUGGUUAAAACUCCAUAAUUUCUGGUGAAGUAGUGUCAGUGCUGUAUUGACAUUCUGGGCUGGUGCAGAAGAUCAGCCUCUGAGGCUGGCAUAGCUGCAAAGCAAACGUCUCAUAUUGACAGACUGGCUACAACUGGGAUUAUCCCGAGGAUGGCAGCUGAGAACGUGCAAUGUAAACAUGCUACAGUGGUCCAAAAUAAUUUACUUUAUGGCUUGCCCCAUUCUUCAGUCAAUCCCAUUGUACUUCUGCCCCAUUUUGGUUGUCACAAGCAGUUUCUUGACUGAAGUUUAAGCCUUUGGUAAUAAAGUGAUUUCUCCCA